CGCAGCCGGCGCCCGGCGGGCACCCGGGCAGCGGGGCGUCCGCCGCCGGGCCGAGGCCCGCGCGCCGCCGGCGCGAUGCUCUUCUCGCUGCGGGAGCUGGUGCAGUGGCUGGGCUUCGCCACCUUCGAGAUCUUCGUCCACCUGCUGGCGCUGCUGGUGUUCUCCGUGCUGCUGGCGCUGCGAGUGGACGGCCUGGCCCCGGGCCUCUCCUGGUGGAAUGUGUUCGUGCCCUUUUUCGCCGCGGAUGGCCUCAGCACCUACUUCACCACGAUCGUGUCCGUGCGCCUCUUCCAGGACGGCGAGAAGCGGUUGGCCGUGCUGCGCCUCUUCUGGGUCCUCACAGUACUUAGCCUCAAGUUUGUCUUCGAGAUGCUGUUGUGCCAGAAGCUGGUGGAUCAGACUCAAGACCUCUGGUUUGGCCUGAUCACGUCUCCGGUGUUUAUUCUCCUGCAGCUGCUCAUGAUCCGUGCCUGCCGCGUCAACUAGCCUCUCUCCGGGGCCUGGGAAGGGCUGCCGCCUCGGGCCCCACCGGAGGAGAGGUCUUGAUCUGAAGGCAGUACCUCACUGCCCAGCUGAGCGAUCACUUUUCUCUCCCUGCCAGUCACUUCUGAGGAGCGGGAGCAGCCUCCAUCCAUGCGACUUAUUUCCUGUUAUUCAUGCUUUUUGAGUAGUUAAUCCUGAACUGAGAUCCUGAGAGGGGUCCCAGGAAAAACAGCCCUGAACUCUUGACAUUGGAACUCGCAUAUUGGCAACCUCCCCUAACGGGCUCUGAGCAUUUUCUAUAGGUCUUGGGGAAGCACUCCUUUGCGGAGGUCAUAAACCUGGACUCAGGGAUUUUUGUCUUGCCAGCAGCACUGAUCUAAUGGCUUACAGCCUAUCCACGCAGGCCAGACUUUCUUAGAUGGUUGAGGUCUGAAUAUCCGAAGUAGUUACCAUCUUCUCCACUGUGCCAUGGAAGAGAAUGGCUCUGUCUUCAUCCUGGCCCAGAGAGAGACGGAAGGAAGCUGAAUAGGUUAUAAUAAGGACCCUACCUGGGUAUCUGCCACCUGAGAAAAUAGCUUUGGUAUCAGGCAUUGCUUGGCUUCCUAUCUCAGUAGACUGCAGUUUCCCAAGCUUCUACCACCACUUUAUAAGCAAAUUUAGGCUUCUCUUAAGAGACUAGAGACAGAAAUAGGUGCUUUGAUGCACAAGGGCCUGGAGACCUACAAAUGGGAGCUUGUGGACAGCCCAGGUUUGUUGGCCUGAGGUCUUUAGCUUGAGGCCAGUUAGGUGCCAAAUGAGACCAUUUGCUGAGAUGAAAAUAAAAUAAGAAUGUUUUCCUGAAA